UCCUGUCCACGAACCAAUAAUGACAUCAAAAUAACUCAAGUUUAUUUUCGGGUUCAUAAACAGCGACAAAAUUGCUUCGAUAAAAUUUACAUCUCAAUUAAAUAUUUAUAUUUAGGUUUAAAAAACACGCUCUAUAUAAACCAAGACACAUUUUCCGGGUUUAAGACAGAACAGCUAGGAGCAUCAAAUCCGAUACAGGUAUCUUCUUUCAACUUUCUUCUUUUCACCGUAGACCAGUAAAGGACAAGCCGAUACUGCGCUAAUAUCAACUGAAGAUGAGUGAGGAAGUGCAAGAUCUAAUGGAUAUGAAAAUAGCUGCAAAUAACGAUACCGAGGAAAAGAUCGAAACUGAAACGAAAAAAGAUUCUUCGAUCUUCGACGGAGUUCGGAUAAUAAAUGUCAUCUUCUUCAGCCUGCUUCACGUCGCUGCCAUAUACGGGAUCUACGUGGUCUUAUUUCGGGCAAAGCUCGCUACGCAAAUUUGGUUUCCCAUUUUUACCACCCUGACAAGUUUUGGCGUGACGCUCGGUUCGCAUCGAUAUUUCGCCCAUAAAUCGUACGAAGUCACGACUCCCGUGAAAAUCGUACUACUCAUAAUGCAGACGAUAACCGGUCAGAACAGUGCAUUCACGUGGGCGAGGGAACACAGGUUGCAUCAUAAAUACAGUGAUACCGAUGCCGAUCCCCAUAACCCUACAAGAGGCUUCUUCUUCUCUCACAUGGGUUGGCUCUUGACAAAGAGACACCCCUUGGUACUGCAAAAGGGAAGAACCAUUGACGUAUCGGACUUGGUAUCCGACAAGCUGAUCAUGUUUCAGCACAAGUACUACAUACCACUAUACGUUUUUUGGGGUGUCUUAGUACCGAUUAUGAUACCGAUUUACUUAUGGGACGAAAAACCAUGGAUAUCGUUCUUCACGGUGUACUGCUUGCGCUAUGUAGUGAUACUUCAUUUGACUUGGAGCGUUAAUUCUGUCGCCCAUUUGUUUGGUAAUAAACCCUAUGACAAGAAAAUCUAUCCUGCGGAAUCUGCCUUUGUGUCGUGCAUAACGCUCGGCGAAGGAUGGCACAAUUUUCAUCAUGCGUUUCCAUGGGACUACAGAGCCUCGGAAUUUCCAGCUCCGCUAAAUCUAAAUACGAGGAUUAUCGACCUGCUGGCAUAUUUUGGUCUGGUUUACGAUCGUAAGACGGCGUCCCAGCGAGUUGUCCAUGGUCAGGUGAAAAGACACGGUGACGGCACGCAUCCGAUAAUCGCUGAGAAAAAUAUUAAAGGAUAAAGUAAAAUCUUCGACUCUUAUUCGUAAUUAUUGCACGGUGGCGAUGAUGAAAUAGCCUUCAUAUAGAAUGUCGGGCGAUUAAAAAUGUUAUAUACGUAAAGUCAUCGAUUACUGCGUAAAUUUAGUUAAUACGAGUCAAGGAGUAUAUUUAGUGUUUUUAAAAUAGUCGUAAGGAGUCCGUUAUCGUCUUUUGGAUUGUUCGUUUGAAAAAUCAAUGUUAUUCUGUGCGAGGAGUCACGAGCGCGAUAGGAUUUGCAUACGUGAAUUACAUCAUCCGGUCGAUCUCCGUGGGACCGAAAUGCGCUAAAUCUAAACGGGGUCCUACGAAAGAGAAUCGAAGAAAGGCCUGUGACGCCUGACUGUUUCGCUUCUUGGAAGGAGACGAAGACUGAGGCGCCUAAGAAUAAUAUCGCGGAAUACAAGACCGGAUGCUGGCUCCAUUUUUAUUGUCCGAUUCGUGCAGCGCAUUGGCAAGAGACUGAAUCUCGCAUCUGCAUUCUUUCGAAGCUGAACUUUCCCUGCGGUUUGCGAACGUAACCACCGACGACUGGUUAUGAUAUACAAGAAUAAAUAUGUUGUAGAUUAUUGAUUGUGGUAUUUUGAAGAAAAAAAAAUUUUGUUAAUUCUUCGAACACGUAGAAACUUGAGGAGCAAUAAAUAAAAAUACUCCUAAAUGCUAGGAAUAAAACAACAAUUUUUGUCAUGA